AUGGUGUCUGUAAACAAGUUUAGCGAGAAGAAGGACCUGGCUCAUAGACUGGGGGAAGUUGUUGUGAACGCCCAGGAUGAGGCCUUGAAGCACUCCGAUGUUUUCAACUUGGCCAUCAGUGGUGGAUCCUUGGUCAAUGUGCUGCACUCUACUCUGAUUGAGGACAAGGACUUUGCCCCCAAGGUGAAAUGGGACAAAUGGAGGGUAUACUUUUGUGACGAAAGAAUUGUGCCAUUGGACCACGCAGAUAGCAACUACGGUGCAUUCAAAACCGCCGUGCUGGACAAACUGGAACAGAAAGUUCAAGUAUUCCCAAUUGAUGAAUCGCUAGUUAACGGUGGUGAAAAGGAGUUUCAAGAAAUUGCGGAGAAGUACGCAGCCAUUAUACCAAAGAGCUUCGAUUUGAUUCUGCUGGGUUGUGGUCCAGAUGGCCACACUUGCUCUUUGUUCCCAGGUGAGAAGCACGCCUACUUACUACAAGAAAGAGAGAAAAGGGUUUGCUGGUGUCACGACUCCCCUAAACCACCUCCAAACAGAGUUACUUUCACUAUCCCUGUCUUGGAAGAUGCAAAGCAAUUGGUCUUUGUCGCGGAAGGUGCCUCUAAGCAAGACAUUAUGCACCAAAUUUUUGAUCUCAAGAAUAAUGAAUUGCCAACUGCGUUGAUUAAUAGCUUAUUCACCACAAAGGUGACUUGGAUUGUCAACGACGAGGCGUUUGCUAAAGUCCAAACAGCUUAA